UUGGCCCAGGCUCGAAGGAGCAGCUGCCAAAGGACCUGCCAUCUCCCAGGGAGUGGGGGACCGCCUUCAGGUCCAGCAUCAGGGAGGCGAGGGCGGCGCGGCCAGCGCGAUGCCGGCCGGGCAGGGCAGGGCCAGGGCCCGCGGCGGGGUGCUCCUGGCGCUUGGCGGCGCCUCCGCGCUCCUGGCGAUCCACGCGCAGGCGCCCAGCGCCUGGGUCGGGGCCAGCUGGCCACAGCCGCGCGCGUGGGCGCCCUCCCGCGGUGGCGGCAGCCGCGACGGUCCGAUGACCCGGCGCGCAGUGGAGGUGAACAAGAUCCGGUCAAGGAUCAAGGAGGACCAGGGCAAGUCUUGGAUAGAGUUCAACAUCGGGCAGAUGGGCCACACCGCCAACGUCACGUGGGCGAAGUUCACAGAGUACGACGCGACCGACUCCUGGGUACAGGUGGACCUUGGGGGGUGCAGGGCGAAGUACAUCCACCGCGUGGUUGCCGGUGAUGCUUGGGACAGCACGGCCUACACAUUUGACAUAAACAAGCGGAUGCUCGCCAAGGAGAUCAUAGUCAACGGCGCCCUCCAGACCAAAGAGAACGCAAGGCCCAACAGCCAGAUCACAACCUCCUGGGGGGCCACGCUCGGGCCGCUCGGGCUCGAGGUCGCGGACCUGCCGGCCACGCUGGAGCCGCUGCUCGCCGCCGAGGGCCAGACGCUAGAGCACUGGCCGGCGUUCAAGGAGCUGUGGGCCCACUACGUCUGAGCUGUCCGCCCGCGCAGGUGACGAGCUGAUCCCCUCUUCUCAGUGCCACCGAGAUGAAUACCCAGUGCGGCAGGAGAGCGAUGGCGCAGGAAAGUGUUGGGAAAGCGCCACCUUCCUGCUUCGCUCCGAGCCUGAGUCUAUUGAGCACACAUCAGGGUGGCGCCGAUACUCUUGCCGGCGUCGUCGUCGUCGGCGUCGUCGUUUGGGAUGUUUUCAACGUUUCUGGAGGUAUUCGCCGCCACGGCGUGACGCGCUACGUCUGAGGCGCCCGCCGCGCCUGCGAUGAGCUGCUCCCUCUUCCU